AAAUUGCUAUCUACAACGACUCAUGAAAACUAGCUUUUUUCUAAAAUAAUGUAACGUUAUAAUGGUACCUGUAUUAGAAACGUCCGGAUCAUUGAAAUCCGAUUCAAUUAUAUUUCGUAACAUCCACACUUAGUAAAACGAAAAAAUAAAUUAUGUAGUGGAGUAAUCAGCAACAUCUAAGGCGCGGCCCACGUCCAUCGAGUUGACCUGUCGAUCGGGUUCAAUCCGUGGAGAAGGAGAACUGGUUCGAGGGGAAUGCACUGUCCUCACUGAACCUGUUCCGGACGGGCAGUUAACGUGCAGCCGGAAAGUUCUGCGGCCUGAUGCGCUACUUGGCCAAUCGAAGAGUCGUCUGUCGAGUUGUUGAUCUGACGGCUACCGAUCUUCCCUUCCGGUCGCUAUUGCGAGGAAAUCGAAUUGGCUGCGCGGCCGAAAGCCCAAAGGUGGGGAGCAUUGUUGCUUGCGAGAUCGGCAGCAGGACUCUUCGCUCUUGAAAAUUAGCAGAGAUCGUUCUCCGCUCGAAAUUCUUACGCCACCUGCAUUUGCUUUGUUGAGAUCAAGAUGUUUCUUGGAGGACUCCCACGCCGACCUGACAAAGCAGUGGCUUACAGCCAGCUCAAGCAGCACCUCACCAUUCUUGGUGUCUGGAUUGCUGCCAUCCGCGCAGCUCCCUUUGUGUUGCAUAUUCUCACCAAGGAAUCGGGGAGCAUGGACCUCAGCCUGGAUGACUAAAAGAUGAUGAGGCGCCGGAGCAGUCACAACAGCGUCGAUCGUCCGGCUUGGUCGACAUCAAAUAAUCGAAAUGAGUGGACUCUAUUAGGUUAUUCCCCUAUGUCUCAACUAUGAUCUCUCCGUAUCGAAUGGGAUCGGUGUCGUGUCGUUCGACAUGGUCGGGCUGAUAGGCGUCUGAAAGCGGAUGCAUUUUAUUUCGUUUUCUUCCACCCUAGAGCAGUAGUAUUACGGUAAUUUUGUAGUUUUCACAUUUUCAAUUGAUACUACCCAGUCAGUCUUCACACUUCAGGAUCAUUUUGUCGAAACCUCAAUGACAGUGUAGGUCUUUCUCCAUGCAAUUGUUCUCGGUUUGGUCAAGAUGCAGAGAUAGGUCUAGCCGAAAUGGUCGAUAGCACUGUUUCGGUUAUGUACUUUGAUUGCCCACAUCUUGACGAGCAUGUGUAUGAGCUAUCGGCUAGAAAUUCAAUUGUGUUAUUCUGCAUCUGAAUCACCAGAAGCUCUUUGCAUGCAUACAAUUUAACGCCCUCUAUUUUGUGUCCAGAAGCUUCAGGGACUAUGUCUGUCUAUGUACUGAGCUGAACGUGACAGUGUCGUAUAGACUUGUUACUUAUCGGACAAGGUGUUGACGUUUAAUAGAAAUAUCAUGGGUUUAAACGUGUUCUUUA